UUUGUUUUCAGAAAACGAAGUUAUUGAUACACAUAUGGGCUGUAUUUAAAAAGAAUGCGAGAUUCGAUAUAAUGAAUAGGAGAGGAGAUUUAAAUCGUCCAUAUCGACGAUAAGUUUUUUUUAAAAACUGAAAUCUGCAAUUACACAGCGCACAGGCGUGUGCAUACAAGUCGGUAAACGUAAGCCGGUGUCUUUCGUUUGAACGCUUGGUGUAAGCAUAUAUGCCGUUCUUUCACAAUGGAAUGAGAUAUUCCCAUGUCUGACUCUGGAAAAAAUAUGUUGAGUACGGAAUCUUUAUCAACAUCGGGAGUGAGAAUGAAUAGGGAUUCCACUGCGGUCAAAAGUGCAUGGGAUGCUAUCAAGAAGGGGGUCAACAAAGGGAAGGAUGAAAGGGACACCAAUGAAAUUGUCCAAUCUUCACCCACCAUGGUGUUUUCUGUGAUUGGGGACUCUGACAGUUUCGUACCCAGACCCUGGCCUAAGACUGUGUUUCAAACAGCUCUCAUAGAGGCAGCAAAGAGUGGGGGAGCGACCUGGAUUUUGUAUCGUGGUAAUGAGAAAGGUGUUUCAAAGGUCGUCAGAGAUGCGUACCAGAACUACGGUGACAUGGAAUUCGGAAAUAAAAACUUGCAAACAAACGUUGACGAUCCUAACCGGCAUAUCAAGCUUAUAAACAUUGCGGGAAAAGGGAAAUUCCACUCAGAGUAUGACUUUGAAACACAUGCCGGAGUUGGAGAUAAUUUUUUGUUGGACUUCGAGAAAUUUGUUUCCGAACAGGAAGUGUCCUUCUUCAGCCAGAAAAUGGACAUCAACAUGCCUGUUCCCAUCGCAAUAAUCGUCUGUGAAGGAGACAUUGAGACCAUCGCCCAUAUAUCCGAGGCUCUCGAAAACAAACUUCCUGUAAUCAUAAUGAAAGGGUCCGGAAAGGCUGCAGAUCUAGUGUUUGAUUUUUUACAAAAUGAAGAAGUACUUCGGAAGAAGGCGAGUGUUUUAUUCGGCAUUCGGUUUGAUGAUACAAAAUAUAACGAAUUGGAAAAGCAUCUUGCUACCAUCAAAAAGAAGAAAGAUUUGAUUGGGGUAUUUGACCUUGAUCAAGAUGACCCCUUAAUGCUGUCGAACAUUGUAGGAGAAGCAGUAGUCAGCUGUUGGUCCAUGGAGAACAUCCUUCAAAGAGACAUUAAUGAUGUUGGCAUGACAAAACCACAAGGCAUGCGCCCUAAAACAGCCAUUCCUCACUCUAACACAAACGGCAGUACAAUCAAAGGAUCGUCAUUAGCUUGGAAGCUUCUACGCAGAAAUUCUGUAAAUCCAGAAGAGGAUGCCAUUAAUCAAAUUCUUGGAGGAUUCAAAGAGGGAUCAAGACCAUACGUCUUAAAUCCCAAGUAUUCAACACCAACGUCACUUCCACUCUAUUUUUAUUUCGGAUACCAGCUUUUACAAGAAUCGGGACACAUGGAAGAAUGUGGACCUAUUCUCCUUUUGGAAGCUCUAAAGGCAAAUCGAUGUGACUAUGUAAGGGUUCUUCUUGACCAAGGAGUAAACCUAAAAAUGGAAAAUUUACCAGAGUUGUAUGAACAGACUGUUUCAUGUCAAGAUUGUACGUUUAAAGACGAAGACUGCUUACACAUGCAAUGGAUUUUGAAGCAAAUCCAAGAAACCCAUGCAAAGAAAGUUUGUCACAAGUAUAGGUCCAUCAUAAAGAAAAUGAAAGAAGGUGGAAGUAAUAAGUAUAAAAAGAAAAUUAAGGAACUACCUGGAUCAGUAGCAGAUGCAGCUAAAGGACUGUGUCGCAAAAUUCUACGAUACAAAGAAUUCAACUCUGGCCAGUCAUCUCAGGAUGAAAAUGUCUCUAAUGUGUUACUGUGGGCUAUUUUUGCUAACAGAAAAGAAUUGGCGGAAAUUUAUUGGCUAAGGGGAAAAGACCACCUAUUGACUGGUUUAGUGUGUUCGGCUAUUCUCAAAAAGCUAUCAAAAAAGGCGAACAAUGUAAAAGAACAAAUUUUGUCGAAUGAUUUGGCAGAUCAUUCAAAAUUGUUUGAACAACGUUGUCUACGCAUUAUGGAUAGAAUGUACGAAGAAAACACUAAACAAGCUAUUGAUUUGAUGGAUACUGAAGCAGACAUCUGGGGAAUUCAUUCCAGCCCUCUCACUUUUGCUUACGAAAAUUUUAUGUAUGAUGUAGUCGCUCAUACGUGUUCUCAGAAGAAUAUGAACAGACAGUGGUAUAACAAUUUGGCCCCUGACUUGAAGCCUUUCUUGAAGUCUGCAGUGAGCAAGCCAAAAAAGUUUUUUACUGCACCGCUGACAAAAUAUGUAUUCAAUUAUAUGAUGUUUUUUACGAUGCUGAUCAUGUACAGCGCCUUUGUACUAACAAGUAUUAGCACGAAAUACUACGUACAGGACAUCGCUCGAGUGUUCGAAUAUUAUGUGUAUUUCUGGGGAGCUGGGGAUUUUAUUGAGGAGCUUAUCAGCUGCUUUGGCUGUCUGGAGGCUAGAGGUCGUUCUCACAGAGGUUACUACUCACGUAUGAAGAGAUAUCUGUAUGACUUCUGGAAUGUAGUAGACCUGCUGUCAUACGCUUUGCUUAUAUCAGCUCUAUUUGUGCGACACUUUUAUAUUGACGAAACAUUCACUAUAGCCAGGCGCAUGUUUGGGCUUUCUCUGCUUGUGAUGUAUCUAAGAUUUUUGGAGGUGUUUUUGAUUCACAGGAAGAUGGGACCUACGCUUAUUAUGAUCAAAGAAAUGCUGAAGGAUCUACUCGGCUUCCUGUUCAUAGCGCUAUUUGUGGUAUUGGGAGUUGGAAUCUACUACCACGCAAACCUAUGGCCAGACCACCAAACAAUAUGGAGCGGUGAUUGGACCAACUGGAGGAUAUGGACUAUCAUAUACUAUCCGUACUGGCAGCUCUACGCAGAGUUGAAUCUCGAACAUCUUGACGGAAGUGACCAAUCGGACUGUACCAACAUAACAUCUAUAUGGGAGUCUGACACGUCCAUUAACCGUUGUCCACAGGAGGACUGGACUGUACAAGCUGUAGCGGCGAUUUAUCUGUUGUUCUCCAAUCUCCUGUUGGUCAAUCUUGUUAUCGCCAUGUUCAGCUUUACGUUUGAGAGAGUACAGGAGAACUCGGAGAAGCUGUGGCGGUUUGAGAGAUACACAGUAAUUAAUGAUUACGACUGGAGAAUCCCGUCCCCCAUCAACCUGGUGUUCCUCCCCUACCGAUUCUUCUGUUGUCCAACGAGAGAUGACUGUUGUCUACAAGGAUGCAGAGGAAUUUGCUGUAAGGAUGCGGUGAAAAACGAAAAGAAAUUUAAAGCAGAUAAUGAAGCAUAUCAAAAGAACUUUCAAAAGAUAACAGCACUCAAAAUACACAACAAAAUCUAACUUGUUUGCUAUAGCUCCUCUGUAAACGUAGGAGAAAACAUAUUAUCUCAAUUACGAGUUCAUUAGUUUAACAAUCAUAAUAACAAUCAUUUAUCAUUUUAAAAACAAUCAUGUAUUCAUAUUAACUAAUGAACUUAUCUGAAAACAUUGAAGACGUGAAUUUGCUUCUGAUUGUGUGUAUGUAAGAAGUUGUUUUAAUAUUGAAAAAAAAAUGAGUUUACUUUAUUAUUUGAUAUUAACAUUUUGUACACGUUUUGGAUUUAAAUGAUGUUUUUAUUUUUUAAUAUAAAUCAAACGAUUCAGAUGAGUUCUGAAGAUCAAAGAUUGUGAUGUGUAUAUCCGUCCAUUGUCGGCUGAUUUUUUUUUUUAUCUUUAUGAUUUGCUGUUACUAAUCUGUGAUAAAGAUUACAAUAAACAAAACAAUAAACUGUUGUAGGUUUGUAAUUGAACAAAGUGUACUUACUUGAAGUGUGGUGAUAUAUCUUAUUAAAAGUUGUUAAAGAAGA